CAUAUGUCAAUGUGUUAUUCUUAUCACACACAAAAAAUGCUUUUCUGAAAAAAAAAUAAUAAAAACCGUUUCAGUCUCGUCUCAGAAUUGCGAUUGUCGAGUGUAGACUGGUCAUGAAUAGAAAAGCGAAUCGUGGACAUUGAGAAGAAAAUAUCUGUGGCCUUAAUGGAAAAUAAAUUGACAGAAAACAAUACAAAAUUAUCAUUUCGACUCUACACUUCAACAGCUCAUGGAAUUUGCUGUGAAUUGUCACUUAAGCCUGAAGAUGAGACUCGAAAUGAUAAAGGAAGUGGUGACAUCAAACGACAGGCAGUUGAAUUUCUAUUUGCAACCCAACAGAAAAUAAAUUCGUUGCCUGGUGAUUGCUUCGAUAAGUUCAUCAACGUGCAGACACUUAAUCUGAUUAAUGUAAAUUUAAGUACCGUCACUUAUCGACAUUUUAAGAGUCUCGUGCAGUUAAAAUAUCUUGACUUGAGUUGCAAUAAGUUGAGAAAAUUACCGAGGCGAUUAUUCAAAGAAAAUGAAAAUCUCGUUGAUAUUUCAUUGACCUCGAAUCAGAUUUUGGAGAUCGACGAGAGUGCGUUCGUUGGCUUAGAGAAUUUAAAGCGAUUAAGUUUGCGUAAGAACUCGAUGACAGAAUUUCAUCCCAAUGUGUUCAAACAUUUAAGUCAGCUUGAGGUGCUUGCACUGGAAGGAAACAGCAUUUAUUAUAUCGACGAUAAGUUAUUCGGAAACUUGACGUCCUUAACAAAGCUCGAGUUGAAACUCAACAAACUUUUCAGACUUCAUCCGAAUGCUUUCAAAUAUCUGUCAAAUCUGAAGUCACUUGAUUUGGAAGAGAAUCUCAUUACAAACAUACCGAUGCAACUUUUUCAAACGACAAUCGCAUUGGAGACUCUGAAUUUAUCGAAGAAUGAGCUCACAAAAAUUCACCCGCUAGCCUUCACUACGUUGGCAAAUCUCCAAAUUCUGUAUCUGAACAACAACAAUGAAAUCGCAGGAAUCCCGGCGGAACUGUUCAAACAACAAGCUAAAUUACGUGAAUUGUAUUUGCAAUCAAAUAAAAUUGUACAAAUCCAUCCACAAGCUUUCAAAGGUCUUGGCGUGAUUAAAACUUUGGAUUUAUCGGCGAAUUCAAUUUCAAUUCUUCCGGAAAAUCUUUUUCUUCUUGCAAACACUUUAAAACGAAUCAAUUUAAAUGAGAAUUGUAUCGAAGAGUUACAUUCGAAGCAAUUCAGAACGUUAAUGUUUCUGGAAGAAUUGGAUAUGGGAACAAAUCGUCUGUCAAAAAUCAUGGCUGGGACAUUCGAGGCGACAUCUCGUUUAAAGAAACUCAAUUUGAGUGACAACAGAAUAGAAAAAAUUCAUCCUGAAGCUUUCAACAACUUGAGGAACUUAGCAUAUUUAAAUAUGAACUCAAAUGGCUUGACAGAGAUCCAUGAAGAUGUGUUCAAGAACUCUGAAGCUUUGAUUUAUCUUGGACUUGCAGAGAACAACAUCGAGAAAAUUCAACCAUUUCAAUUCCAAGCGAUGGUUGAACUGAAAAAACUUGAGCUGAACAACAAUUUAAUUUCUGAAUUACCCGACGAUGCCUUUGAUUCUUUAACGGAACUCAAAGAUCUCGUGUUGAGCGAUAAUCACAUAACAGAACUUUCUCGAGAAGUUUUCAAACCACUCAUGAAACUUGAAGCUUUAAACUUAGAAAACAACGACUUAGUUAAACUCGACACGUUAACUUUUAGAAACUUAUUACAACUUAAAUACCUUCAUGUUUCUAACAAUAUGAUCCAAUUUGUCGAUGAUGACUUCAAGGAUGUUCUCAUAAACCUGAAGCAACUUGACGUUUCAAACAACAUUUGCGUUAAUAAAACCUUCAGAAAUAUAAAAGAACUCAAAGGCUUUCGUGUAACUUACUGGUAUUAUUCGCACGCUAAGUUUGGUGACUCGUGCAAAAUAUCAAUCGGGACUGAAGUUGUCAUUAUCAACAAUAAAAACAUUCAGGACGCGAACAUUAAAUACUUACAUGUGAACCAAGAUCAUCAAUUUAAAACCAUUCCAAAGAUCACAAUAGAAAACAAUCAAUUGACUGACAUUGAUAAAGACGCUUUCAUAGGUCCCGGAAAUUUAGAAAAAUUAACUUUGAGUAAGAAUCAAAUUAAGAAUCUCCAUUGGGAAACUUUCCGUCCAUUACAAAAGUUGAAGUUUUUAUUUUUGAAUGACAACAACAUCUGCGUUGUCGGACAGAAAAUGUUUUACCAUCAAUCGUGUCUAGAAGAGUUGAGUUUAAGUCGAAAUCAGAUAUUCGUUAUCCACCCACAUGCUAUGAUGAAUUUAAAAAAUCUUCGAAUACUUCAAAUGGAGGACAAUAAACUUACGAACUUUUCACCAGAUUUAUUUCAGAACAUGUCUAAAUUAACGAACUUGGACAUGUCAGGUAAUCGGUUACGAAACAUCGACAGUGAAUCAUUCAAAGCCUUGACGAAUCUCAAAGUCUUGAAUUUAAGAAACAACGAGCUUAGUGAACUUGAAGCGUUAGUUUUUCAAAAGCAAACCUCGCUUCUAGAAUUGAAUCUACAAAAUAAUAAAAUCAUUAAAGUUGAUCCCGACACAUUCAGCUUCGUGAAAAACAUCUCAACAUUAAAUCUUUCGGAAAAUCUUUGCGCAACAAACUUGCCACCAACAAUCUUCUCAUCAAUGAGAAAAUUAAAAAAUCUAAUUAUGAAUACUAAUCAAGUUCUCUGUACUUAA